GAGACUUAAUGAUUAUUAGGGGGUCCUACUACUUAUUUCCCCUCAAUGAAAGGCAAUUUCUUUAAAGUUAAUUUCUUGAUUUUCUUUGUGAUUUUAUCAAACACCAUCAGGAUGACGGAAUUUAUUUUCAAGUUCAAUAAAAUCAGUGCUUAUUUCCUCCCCUGUAUGUUUAGAUGUUUUAUCCCAAAAUGGUUUUAUUUAUGAAGCAGUUUAUUUUUCUGGAGUGUGUCUUUAAGGCUCUCUGCUCCUGCUGGGUGUCACUGUUUUUUGAGGGGUAAAUCGAGCUGACCAAGGCCGGAUGUCCUCCCUUCACCCCCCUCCCCGGACCACCGUGGGAGUGUGCAGUGUCGGCCCAGCAGCAGACGCAGCAUCCCGCCUCCGUACCGCCGGGUGAUCGGAGGCAGAGCCCCGGCGGAGGCAGAUGUUUUCCGCGGCUCCGACAGGCUGCCUCUGCGGGUUCCUCCUCCAGGCGGCCACCGUAAGAUGCGCCGGGGCGGACCGGGGGUUCUGGUCGGCCUAGCUGAGCUCGGCUGCGGCUGUCGUUCGGUGCUUUGAAUCGCUAUUAUUUCCAGGUCACAAUCUCAGUUUCCUGUGCGGCUCGUCUGCACUGAAAAUGGCCGGAGAUGGCGGCGCUCUGAAGGAUAUCAAUGAGAUUAAAUCGCAGUUCCGGACCCGGGAGGGCUUCUACAAGCUGCUCACCCUCUCCGACUCGCAGCAGCGGGGCGGGCUGCCGCGGGGGCCGUCCGCCGGAGCCACGCUGGGCCCCGGAGCGGGCACCGCUCAGAUCCCCGGCGGAGGGGUCGGGCUACUUCAGGGGCCCGGGGCUGCAGCCGCCGCCGCCGCGGUCGCGGCUUCAGCCUCCUCCAAUGCCGCCACCAACAACUCCCCGACCGGCUUCCUGCCGCCGGUGCGGGUCUCCAUGGUGAAGCUGCAGCCCGAGGACCCGGGCGAGGAGUCGGAGCGGGUGUGCUUCAACAUCGGCAGGGAGCUGUAUUUCUACACCUACACCAACAUCAAGAAGGCCGUGGACCUCAGUAAGCCCAUAGAUAAGAGAAUCUACAAGGGCACGCAGCCGACAUGUCACGAUUUUAACCAGUACUCUGCCACGGCGGAAAGCGUGGCGCUCAUCGUGGGCUUCUCGGCCGGGCAGGUCCAGUACCUCGACCCGAUCAAGAAGGAAACCAGUAAGCUCUUCAACGAGGAGAGACUGAUCGACAAAUCGAAGGUGACGUGUCUGAAGUGGCUCCCCAAGUCGGAGAACCUGUUCCUGGCCUCCCACGCCAGCGGUCACCUCUAUCUCUACAACCUGGACCACCCGUGUGGGACCACCGCCCCGCAGUACUCUCUGCUUCGGCAGGGCGAGGGCUUCGCCGUCUACUCCUGCAAAACCAAGACGCCGCGAAACCCGUUGUUGCGGUGGGCCGUGGGCGAGGGAGGCCUGAACGAGUUUGCCUUCUCUCCUGACGGCGUCCACGUGGCGUGCGUGGGCCAGGACGGAUGCCUGCGUGUCUUUCACUUUGACUCUAUGGAGCUGCAGGGCGUCAUGAAGAGCUACUUUGGCGGGUUGCUGUGCGUGUCGUGGAGUCCAGACGGGAAAUACCUCGCCACCGGAGGUGAGGAUGAUCUGGUCACCGUGUGGUCGUUCGCUGAAAGCCGCGUGGUGGCGAGGGGCCACGGCCACAAGUCUUGGGUGAACGUGGUGGCGUUUGACCCCUUCACAACGUCUUUGGAGGACGAGGAGCCCAUGGAGCUCAGUGGCAGCGAGGAGGACCUCCACCAGGGGGCACCAAAUAACUCCAUGCACUUUGGCCGUGUUCGAACCAGCAGCACGCUCUCGCGGCUUUCUCGGCACAGCUCUAAAGGCGGCGGUUCGGCGGCGGUCACGUACCGCUUCGGCUCGGUGGGGCAGGACACCCAGUUUUGUCUGUGGGACCUGACUGAUGACGUGUUGUACCCCCGCCUGCCGCUGUCCCGGGCUUUCACUAACACUUUUGGGCCUUCGCUGCCCAACUCUGGGAGUGGGGGGGUCAACAGCACCUCCGGUGGUGGCGGUAGUGGAGGUGUUGAGGGACACCAUCACCCCCCCAACACCAACACUGGCACCUCUAACCCCCCCACGCUCCCCCUGCCGCUCCCGCGCUCCUUGUCCCGCUCCAACUCUCUGCCUCACCCCGCGGUUGCAAACGCUUCCAAGAGCCAAGGCGCUCCCGAGGGCGGAGGAGGAGGAGGGGGUGGAGGAGGCGGAGGAGGAGGAGGAGGAAGCAGCGGUGGUGGCGGGAACAGCACUCCAUUCAGCAUCGGCCGCUUCGCCACCCUGUCCCUACAGGAGCGAAAGUCGGACAAGUCUGGGGGCGGCGGCGUGGAGAAGGAGCACAAGCGCUACCACAGCUUGGGCAACAUCAGCAAAAGCAACGACAAGAUCAAUGUGGCGCCGCGGUGCAACCGACUGGACGGCGCCAAGGUCCUGGGCACCACCUUGUGCCCGCGCAUGCACGAGGUGCCGCUGCUGGAGCCCCUGGUCUGCAAGAAGAUCGCACACGAGAGGCUGACCGUGCUGGUGUUCAUGGACGACUGCAUCAUCACAGCCUGUCAGGAGGGGCUCAUCUGUACCUGGGCCCGGCCCGGAAAAUCGAACUUGACAGCACAGAACGGGAACUCCCCGAGUGGCACCGUGGUAUAGCUGGAGGAGAACAUUUGCACUGACCCCCCCCCCGAGUUUCCCUCCUCGUCUCGCCACAGAUCAACCCCAGCUUCCCCCCUCCCUGCAGCAAGCCUGCGCCCUCUGAAGGAAGAAAGCUACCCCACCACCACCACCACCAUCAAACCUCGCAAAAGCCACGGCCACUGUAUUUAAGUUAUUUAUUUUAUCACAAGACUGUGUAGUAAUUUAUACUGUAAAUGAUGAAAAUACUCUAUAAAUAGACGAACAACAGAACUUUGCAGCAGCGAACGUGAAGAUUAUAUGAAGAUGCUUCUAUUGUACAUAACAGCUAUAACGUGAGUGUCUGCUGCGUUAGGGAGCAGGACGAUGUUUCAUUUGGUGUGAUAGUCUGUCAGCGUGUCCCUGAGAGCAGGCCGGGUUCGAUUCCCCCGCAGAGGAGGCGGAGCACCAACACUCUUACACAUUCCAGAGUAACUCACAAACACAGUCCUGUUCUGCUGUAGCAUCUUAUUUAUGUGUCUUGGAUUCCUGUUGCACCCGACUUGCCUCUUGCAAGAAUUUGCACAUAAAAUAAAUCCGCAGUCCAACCCGAUCUGCCAAAAGUCA